GCGAAUGAAUUAUCGUCACCCGUAGUGUACGUAGGUCGACAUUGUGUGUUUUUAUAUUAUCGUGGUCUACUUCUAUGACUAGACUUCAUGACUUUCCUCUGUUAAUACUCAAUUAUUCAAUUAACGUUAACUGAGAAAACGAAGAGAGUUGGUAUGGCAUUUUAGUGUUAUUCAGGUUAACAGUACGUCAAAAAUGGUUCCUAAAAUCUCGCACAUAGCAUGCCUAAGCUUCUUCCUUCUGCACCUGGAGUCAUGGACCCACGCGGAGCUGUUCACGGCCAUAGCCGAGAUGGAGCCACUGCUACAGACGCACAAGAGGAUCAUUGAUGACUUAGACCAUUAUAUUAUUAAGGAAGAGGAAAGAAUCGCUGUAUUGAAAAGGCACUUGGACCUGUACAAGCUCGAGCAUGAAAAAGCUAUGGAAGACAUUCCCAACUAUUUGGGUAAUCCUAUCAACGCAUUUACCUUGAUUAAAAGACUGACUACUGAAUUAGAUGAUAUAGAAGAUAGUAUAAAAAUUGGCACAGAAUACAUAAAGAACAUUACGAUGAACCACGCGGACGUGAAGUACCCCACAUUAGAAGACUUGGCGGGAGCGGCGCAAGCUCUUACAAGAUUACAGACCACCUACCACUUAAAUGUUCACGAGCUCGCACAGGGCGUACUCAACGGAGUGAAGUACAGCUUCCCCAUGUCGGCGGCGGACUGCUACGAGCUGAUGCGAGCGCUGUACAACAUGAAGGACUACGAGAACGCACUGGCGUGGGCCAUGGAGGCGCUCAGCAAGCUGCGUGAGGAGAGCGUCUCGCACUCCUUCACGGAGAUAGACCUGCUCGAGUACAUCAGCUUCUCGCAUUACCUGAAGGGAGACGUGAAGAGUGCCCUAGAAUGGACGGAAAAGCUGCUUGCCUUAGACCCUGAACAUCCGCGGGCGCGGGGCAAUGUGCCGCACUUCAAGAAAUCUAUCACCGAGGAGGAGAAAGCGACGCGGAGGAGGCAGCGAGGGGAAACCGGGGAAGAGCCGUCGAAGCCCGAGGUGUCCGACGAGAUGAGAGAUUACGCCAUCGAGAGAAAAAAAUAUGAGGCGUUGUGCCGCGGCGAGAUGGAGAUAUCCAGCGAAAUUGCUAAAAGACUGAACUGUCGUUACUUGACGGAGAAUCAUCCUUUCCUGCGGCUAGCACCAUUUAAGGUGGAGCAGGUGUAUAUAAGCCCAGACGUGUUUGUGUUCCACGAUGUCAUCAGCGACGCCGAGAUCCAGCAAAUCCAGGACAUGGCCAUGCCGAGGUUCAAACGUGCCGUGGUGCACGACCCGAAGACGGGCGAGCUGGUGCCGGCGCACUACCGCAUCAGCAAGUCUGCGUGGCUGCGCGACGCGGAGGCGGGCGUGGUGGCGCGCCUGACCCGCCGCGUGCGGCACAUGACCGGCCUCGACGUCGGCUCGGCCGAGGAGCUGCAGGUCGUCAACUACGGCAUCGGCGGGCACUACGAGCCGCACUACGACUUCGCGAGGAAAUAUGAAAACGCCUUCAACCAUUUCGAUGGCAACAGAAUUGCCACCGUGCUGUUUUAUAUGUCGGAAGUGGCGCAAGGCGGCGCGACGGUGUUCACGGAGCUGGGGCUGAGCGUGUUCCCGGAGAAGAACGCGGCGCUGUUCUGGCUCAACCUGCACCCCUCCGGCGAGGGCGACAUGGCCACGCGCCACGCCGCCUGCCCCGUGCUGCGCGGCUCCAAGUGGGUGUGCAACAAGUGGCUUCACCAGGGCGGGCAGGAGCUGCUGAGGCCGUGCAGCCUGGACUACCAGCAGGAAGGCAUCCACAGGAAGAUCCCGCGCGCGGUGCCCAAGUCAUCCAGGUAGGCUGCUCCCAUACGUCUAGACAUAAAACAAGGAUCCAUUGAUCGUAUUACGUGUUUAUGUGUAUUUAAAGUAUAAGACAAAUUCGUGCGUCGAUGUAAAUAAAGUUAAGCUCCGUAAUUAUGCGAUAAGCCUUAUUGUCAAAAGUUUGAUAAUUCAGUUGCCACAAGACAACGCGCCGUACAGCGCCAUCUUCUGUUAUCCGGUUAAACUACAAAAUGGCGAAGCCGUCUCCAAUUUUUUUUUUGUUUAUUUCCUAACUUAAUGUCGUUUAAUGUCUAAGAUUAAUAGAUACAUACAUAUUAUGUAGUGAACUAACGUGAAAAUGUGCAGCUAAUGAAGUAUUAAUUAGUCUUGAAACGCGUUUAACCCUUCUUUAGCCAACACCCGGCAAACCAUCGUGGCUUUUUGUAAAGGCCAGCUAUCAAUUUAAAAGCAGCACACUUUUGUCAUUGACGAUAUCAUCAUAAAUUUGAUGGAAGCCAUUUUUUUAAAGAAGGAACGCCGUCUGCUUUACCCGUAAAAGUUUCGAACACGAUUUUUUCUUACACUUUAUACAUCUUAUGCAAUCAAUGAAUCUUUGAUUUGAUAUAAAACAAACUGAACUGAAUACAAAUUCUAGCAAAACUUAGGUUAUUUUAAUAGUAAACAAAUUUAUAAAAUGGGCAUGUCUAAUUCGUAAGCGGUUAGUUUUAUAUUGAGUUGACGCAACCGAUGAUGAUUAAAAUCAACAGAACAAACUUGUAGAAUUAUUUCAGAUAGUAUAAUAUUAAUUGUGAUUGUAUUAUUAAUACUCAAAGAACAAACAAUGAAACAACAAAGUUCCAAUAGAAUCACUCACUCACUUUGAUACAAACUGUAAUAUGACUAAGGUGAAUUGAUUCUUAUUAGGAUAUUGUGAAUUCACAAUAAAGUCACAUUUUCAUUUAUUUUUACAUCUUCCUUACGAUUACUAUUGGCAAUUCGCAAAGAAGCCCAUAUAAACUUUAUUAGUAUUUUUCAACUAAGAAUCUCGAAAUAUAUGAAUAAGCCUAAUAUUAUGUCUAAUGCUAACUCUAAUUAUUAAUGGUCAGUUAUAUUUUCUUGCCCCAUAUUUUAUUUAACCAUGACACUAAUACCCUAUAUCUAAGUACUUAUAGGUAGAAUAAUUAAUGUAUAACAGUAGUAGGGCGUCUAUAGAACUCACUCCUCCGGCUUGCCUAAUCUGGCCAUAUACUUCGGCUUUCCUGAUAGGUACUUUGUUUGACGCGCCGCCACUGAUAUGUACAUUAUUCAAUUAGCAAGACAGCAGCAGUUUCCAAAUAUAACGCAAUGUAAGAGGCUGUAUCUGGGCAAUAUUUACAGUAGCGAUAUCGAAAUAAUAACCGUUUCCAACUUGCAUCGAGUUUCACAAGAAAAAUAAUGUGUAAUCGGGGCACCGAGGGCAGCUACCAGAUACUACCUACCUUCAUACGAAAUGUAUAUAAAAAUACAUUGUUUUUCAUUUGUAGCUUUUCUAAUGCCCCAGGUUGGUCUCUACGGAAUCGAUUGGCACCAAAUAAAAUUUCGUCACAAUUUACGUCUUUAUUGCUGAUUUUUUCCAAAAUCUCUAAAUGCCAAUUUUAUUUACUUAAAAUGUUAGGGAAGGUCUCCUAAGAUCAUUUUCGCUUAGCAGGUAGCCGCCUUUAGUGCCCCAUUUAAAAAAUUACAUGUCAGUGAUAAUAAAAUCGUGAUAACAUGUUUUUACGUUAGUUUAUAAGCAAUCAAGUCAAUGUUUAUUAUUGUACUACAUGAAAUUAUGAUGCCAUAUAAAAUGCAUUUAUUUUUUUCAAAAUCAGCGGCUAUACAGUCAGCUGCAAAGAUAGUUGACUCCCCUAUGUACAGACUUAUGCAGCUGACUGUACAUAUAUUAUGUUACUAGAAAUUUCACAAACGUACAAACGAACACUCCAUUAGAUUAUAUGCAUAUGUGACGUUCCAUGGGUAAAGGUACCUUAAACGUGCCUAGCGUAGGGCCUUAGUUCAGCUCUUGAGAAAUCAAACAUAUCCAUUUGUAGAUUCAUUCUUAUAACAAUGUAUCGUAAAAUGUGAAACACUUCAGCUGUGUUUUAUGAAAAAUCAUCCCGUUUUUCUACAGUGUACAAAUAAUAGAAGUAUUUUUUGUAGUUUAUAAUUACAAUAUGUGACAUAUUACUUGAUUCAAUGUGGCCCAGUGAAUGGAAACAUAAUGUUUUAUUUUAUUAUGUAUUUUAUCUUUCAAGAUCGCUUUAUGCAAUUUUAUAACGCAAGUUUAUUUAAAAUAUAAUUAAUUUUACGUGACGUCAAACUGUG